UAGUUAUUUUAUAACCUUAAACAACUUUAUUUCAUGGUAUUGUUUUCAAUUGUUAUUAGCAUUAAAGAUGGAUGUGGGUGAUACAUUAUUUCAAAUUCAAAGAUAUAUUGAAUCUGAUGAGGAGUUUGAAUUAAACACUGAUCAAAAUUUAAAGCAACAUUUGAAAAGAGUAAAACAAAAUCUGGUGGAUAUUGAAGAUGUAGAAACAUCUGAUAAAGAGGACAAUGGAAAUGAAGAGGAAGUUGAAGGGUUUACUGUUUUGGGAAAGGCUGAAUUCAAAAAGAAACAACAGGUAAAACGUGUGUUACCAAAAUGGAUAACAGAACCAGAGCUCAUUUCCAAAGACUUGCAAAACUUAACUGUCGAUAUAUCAAGCAUAACACAAUUGGAUCCAUAUUUGAUAGAAAAACUUAAAGAAUUAGGUAUAACUUACUUCUUCCCUGUACAAGUUGCUGUAAUUGAAUGGCUAUUAAGGAAUGAAAAGAUGAAUUAUUUCUACAGGCCAAGGGACAUAUGUGUUACUGCACCAACUGGAAGUGGUAAAUCACUGGCUUUUAUUCUACCUGUAGUUCACUCACUUCUUAAAUACAGGACAAAAAAGAUUAGGGCUUUGAUUGUGACACCAACAAAUAUAUUAGCCAAACAAUUGUGCCUCACCUUGAACCAUUUCAUCAAAGAUACACAUUUAACAGCUUUGUGCAAUUCCAGUUAUGAAGAUGAGAAACGCUUAUUGGUUGCCAGUGAUCCUAUCUAUGGACAUAUAAACAAAGUAGACAUUUAUGUUACAUCUGGAGACAGACUUAUUGAACAUUUGAAGUAUUCUAAAGGAUUUGAUUUAUCUCAUUUGGAAUACUUAGUACUUGAUGAAGCUGAUAUUCUAUUACAUACCAGUAACUGGUUGAUAUAUUUAGAAAAGCAUAUUAGCAUGAACUCUAAAACUGUUUUACAUAAUAAUUUGUUGAAUGUGGACACCUUGAAGACGAAGAAUCAUAUACAGAAGCUUCUGUUCUCGGCGACUUUAACGUACGAUCCGGAAAUGCUGGAAGCCGUGGAUUUGUUUCAGCCCAAAUUAUUCAGCGCAUCGACGUUCAAAGAAGACAAACCUCAAUUCUCGUUGCCCAUGGAACUGAAGAACAAGUACGUCGAAUGCGAAGAUGCCGAUGCUCCACUGAUGCUUUACAAAUUGAUAGUAGACAGAAACUUGAAGCGGACUAUGGUUUUUGCCAACAGCAAAGAAGAUGUGGUUAAAUUGACGAAUUUAUUAAAGUUAUUCUUCGCCGAUCAGAAAAAGAGCAUUAGCAAUAUUGUACACGAAGACAAAAAAACGCAGAGUCGGGUGCUCAGGGACUUUCAAGACGGAUCAAUUGAUAUCUUGGUGGGCACCGAUUUAUUGUGCAGAGGAAUGGACUUUGGCGAAGUGAAUUGCAUCAUUUCAUACCACGCGCCGAAGGUGGUACAGACUUACGUACACAGAGCUGGAAGAACAGCGCGUGCCGGUAAAGAAGGGUUGGCCUUAACGAUAGCAUCUGGACAGCAUGCAGAGAAAUUUAAGAGCUUCGUGCGCAGCAACAUUCCCAGCCUAAAACAGAUAAAAAUCCCAGAUGAUCAAUUAACAGACCUGAGGCCCAGAUACGAAGAGGUUUUAGGCCAACUCCACGAAAGGAUCAGGGAAGAGCACCAGCUAGAACGGGAGAAGAGGAAAGAGUUGUACGUGGAUCAUAGGAAAAGAAUGAAAAAAUGAUUUCAUUUAUUGUUUUUUUUUGUAAUGUUUAUAUUUAUUACCUAAAUAUAACGAGUACAAUUUUAUUUUACAGUUUAUUUUUAGUUCUCUUCCUUGUUUAAAAACAUGUUCAUUUGUUGCAAUUAUUUAAUUUGUUUCUCUUUUGUUGGGGGGAUUUGAUAGAGCCUUUCCAUACUUUCUCCUCGCACGAUCUUUUUUAAAAAACACGGUGACUUGUAUAAAAAAUAUAACUAGGCUGUCCAUAUUUGUUACAUCAUUUCUUUCUUUUCUUUUGUCGUUCAUCGUCGUCAUUCUUGUUUUUAAAGUAAUAAAUAAUGCAUUUCGAGUAAAAAAUAUACAAUUGCACAAAUUGCGGAUUACAAAAUAAAAUAGAGGGUAUAUUGUGAUUGAGUGAGGGGAAGGUUUUGUUAAAUAAUAGUAUAAUAUUACAAUUUGUAUAAAUUUUACCAUUAUAAAAAAAAUCUAUUCCAUUUAGUCGUGCAUCCGACGAGAAUAACAUCGAAUACAUAAAUAAAUUAAAUAUAUAUAUUUACAUUUUUUUAUAGACCUUAUGAUUUUUUUUAUAAUUUACUCUCAUUCUCAUUCUACAAAUUUUCUUAGUUUGAUAUCCAAUUCUGUGAAAAGAAACAAAACAAAAGUAAAAUAAA